UGUAGUGGUUGGCUAUUGAAUGUCGAUGACAACUGAUGGGAAUAGCUACAACAGUGCGUUUUCUGGCUGAGUUAAGUGUGAGUUUGCCUUAGUUGUGAUGGCUUUGCAGGGUUCAUUAGAAGAUGGAGACCAUUCUUCAUACAAGGGACACUCACAGUCAGUUACGCUUUCUCGCCUAUACUCUGACAAAGAUGCGGGAUUGUGUAUGUCUUUGCCCUGGGACCACUUUUCCUCUUGGUUGCAUUGUAUAUGUGUGGUGGGCUUCGAUCUGGAGCUUGGACAAGCUGUAGAAGUAGUAUACCCACCUCACACAAAGCUAACAGAUAAAGAGAAAACAAACAUCUGCUAUCUGUCAUUUCCAGACUCCAACUCAGGUUGUCUUGGUGAUACACAAUUCUGUUUCAGAUUUCGACAGUCUUCUGAUAGAAAAGCUUCAUUCCACAACUUUCUGGGUCAAUAUGACAAAGAUGCACCUGUAUGCUUAAAGAAAGACCCUGCACAUUACUAUGGCUAUGUGUACUUCAGACAAGUUCGAGAUAAAUCAUUAAAAAGAGGAUAUUUUCAGAAGUCUCUAGUGUUGAUCAGCAAACUGCCAUUUGUCAAUUUAUUCAACCACCUACUAAGUAUCAUUGCCCCAGGAUACUUUGAGAAACAUAAACCCUGCUUAGAAGCUGCUUGUACUGAUAUAGACCGAUGGCCAGCACCAGUUCCUGGAAGAACGUUAACAUUACCUGUCAUGGGAGUGGUGAUAAAGGUGCGGAUACCAAGCUGUCAUGAUAAACCUGGGAUAACACUGAUAACACAGUCCUCACAGCAGAAUGACGCAGAAAUAUCUGUUGUGCUGCCAACAAUUCAUGAGGUUGAUCUGUUCAGGUGCUUCUGUCCUGUGUUCUUUCAUAUUCAAAUACUCUGGGAACUUGUCUUGCUGGGAGAACCUCUUGUUGUCAUGGCAGCAUCACCUGCAGAAUCUUCAGAAACUGUUCUGGCACUUGUAAGCUGCAUCUCACCACUGAAGUACUGUAGUGAUUUUAGGCCAUACUUUACUAUUCAUGACACAGAGUUCAAGGAAUAUACCACACGGACACAAGCCCCGCCGUCUGUCAUUCUUGGGGUAACCAAUCCUUUCUUUGCCAAAACAUUGCAGCACUGGCCUCACAUUAUCCGAAUAGGGGACAUGAAGAUAGCAGGUGAUGUUCCAAAGCAAGUGAAGAUCAAAAAGUUGAAAAGUCUGAAAACUUUGGAUUCUAAACCUGGUGUGUACACGUCUUAUAAGCCUUUUCUAAACAAAGAUGAGGACAUUAUCAAACAGUUACAAAAGGGUGUGCAGCAGAAACGUCCGUCAGAGGCUCAAAGUGCAAUCCUACGACGUUACUUCUUAGAGCUAACACAAAGCUUCAUCAUUCCAUUAGAACGAUAUGUGGCAAGCCUUAUGCCCCUGCAGAAGAGUAUAUCACCGUGGAAGAGUCCUCCUCAACUGAGAUCUUUCAAUCAAGAAGAGUUUAUGAAAACACUAGAGAAAACAGGACCUCAACUUACAUCUCGGUUAAAAGGAGACUGGAUAGGCCUCUAUAGGCAGUUUCUGAAGUCCCCAAACUUUGACGGCUGGUUCAGGGAACGACGGAAAGAGAUGACAAAAAAACUAGAAGCUCUUCAUUUAGAAGCUCUUUGUAAUGAGGACUUACAGCUGUGGAUUCAGAAGCACACAGAAGUGGAGGUGGUUGAUUUAGUAUUAAAGUUACGAGAGAAGAUGGCGCAGGCAGAGCAAGAACAUUUACCACUGAAGCAGGAAACAAAGGAAAAGCUAAGACUGCACAUAGAUGGAAUUAUUUUUGCACUGCCAGAAGAUUUACAGGCCAUCUUGGUAAAAACAGGCACUGAGUGACCUUUGAUGAGAGAGAAAGUGUUUGCCUUUUACAGAUCCCCUCCAUAUGAAACGAGGGAAUUGCCUGUGAACUGCAUCACAAUUCUGAUCAUGUGAAGAACUGAAAUAGAGAUAGUUUCAAAGCUGUGCAUUGUAAUGUUAGAAUUUGAUGAUAUAAUUGCAGUUCACAUAUUACUGUAAUGAAGGACUUUAUUUUUAAUUAUAGUAUGACAUAACUAUUUUACAAUUUGUAGAAUAGUGCUGUUGAGUGAGAACCAUUACAGUGCAAUGCUGGCACUGCGCUGUGGUGUUCAGAUUAAUGCCUCUGUUACAGAGCCUCGUGCCAUACUCAAGGUGGCAGCAUUGCUUAUUUUAUCUACAGUUGACAAGAAAAUAUGUUUGUCCCACAUAGAUGGUGACAAGCAGUGUUUGCAGUAUGACUUGUUUGGUUAUCACAAGGACAUGAGAAUCAAACUCAUUGCACAAGAAGGUCAAGACUUGUAUUAAGAACAAAACAAAACUAGAAAAGAGAAAUAUUAUGGCUUUGAUGUGCUCUCAUCAUGGCAGAAUUUUCUGUACAAGCACACAAAAAUGAAACAAAACUGUUUUUUUAUGCUCAAUGAUGCUUCCAGUGUGAUGAGCCAGUUUUAUGUUUGCAACAGUGAUUGUUUUUUCAUAAAAGAUAGAGAAGUACCUGUUGAAGCACCCCACGGGACACUUCUUUAGCUGCACUGCCUAAAAAUAAUUUUUAUCAAGUUACAAAUAAGUGUCUUCACUAGGAGAACAGCAACAAGGCUUAUUCAGUGAAGCACAUACCCUGUGUUAGAUUUAAACAGGAUAUGUUGCUCUAUGGCCUAAUGCUAACCACUAAAUCACACUGCUUAUAUUAUCCUUCACUAAAUGCUUGUUGCAGUUCUGCAAAUUGCAAGUGACAUCUUGAAAGUCAGAUAAAAAACUAAGUUCAAAAAUAAUACCACUGUUCUGUGCACUUUGCUAUAUUUAGUUCUGCACGUUUAUUCUAUUUUUUCAAUGCUGUUUGUUUUCCAGAUUAUACAGAAAGGACAUUGUACACAGGGGUCAUCAGUGUUAUCAAAUGUCCACGUGAUGGUAGUUCUUAGUAAGUGGAAUGUGAGAA